CAGCCGCCCAGGAGGAGGGCACUGUCCCCAAGACAGGCAGGGAUCCCCUCCCAGCGCAGCUUCUCAGGGUCGCUUCGCUCAUGGACGUGCUGUCUCCCGCAUGCUCAGCUCUGGUGUGGCCAUUAGGAACCUGUUUGUCAAGGUGAACUCUGGUCCUGCCCGGCGCUGAGUAAUGGUGUCUGUCUGCAACAGAGAGCGAGGGAGGAGGAGGAGGAGGAGGAAGAGGCAGAGGGGAAAGAAGCAGGAAGGCCAAGGAGCAUUGUGCAAGGUUUGCUUUCUAGCCUUCCCGUGGGGCAGGCGACCAGCCCUGCUGCAUCAUCUGGCCCUUGAGGGGAUUGCAAGGCUGACAGCAUUUGCCUUUGACCCCAGAGCCCCAUCAGAAAAGCAGCUGGUGCAAUCAUCUUCCCUGCAGUCCCUUCACCAAAUGGGACUUGCUACAGCCCCAGGGCGGGGCAUCACAUUGCCCCACUGAGACCAUGGCCAAAAGGCUGAGCCAUGAGCCGGAGGCAGACUGCCCGGUGUGCUGGAACCCCUACAACAACACCUUCCGCACCCCGAAGCUGCUGCAAUGCCACCACUCCUUCUGCAUUGAGUGCCUGGCACAUUUAAGCCUGGUGUCCCCUAUCCAGAACCGGCUACAAUGCCCACUGUGCCGCCACCCCACAGUGCUGCCCUCCGACCAGCCUGUCACUGAGCUGCCCACCAAUGCCGCUGUCCUGAGGUUGCUCAGGCUGGAACCCAACCACAUCAUCCUAGAGGGGAGGCAGCUGUGCCUGAAGGAUGAACGGAAGUCACGCUACUUCCUGCGCCAGCCCCGCGUCUACACCCUCAACCUGGGGACAGAGCCAGGACCGGGACUGGAGACCAGGGUGGGUAACUCCCAGGCUUCCCCUAGACGAACCCCUCUCCCCAGCCAGUCCACACUGCGGGAGUGUCUCCGUAACCCCCAGUUCCGCAUCUUUGCCUAUGUGAUGGCCAUCAUCCUCAGCGUGAUGCUGCUGCUCAUCUUCUCCAUCUUCUGGACCAAGCAGUUUCUGUGGGGUGUGGGUUGAGGACUUGCCAAGCAAUGGGUCCUGGAACCCAGAUAUCUGCUCACUGACUACAGAAGACUUCUGCUGCUAGGCAUCUGCUAUGGGCAGAGGAAGCUGGCUACCCUCCCCAGCAUCAUCCUGACAGGCUCUGGCUAAUGGGCUUUACCCGAUUCCUUUUCCGUGAUAAUUCCAGUCAUGAGCUACACAGGGAGGGCCUGGCAGAGCCUUCCAGGCACUAUGUGCAGAAAGCACCAUAGUGGAGACAGAGGUGGUUGCUGGAAUAGUCCCUGUGGCUGGCUCAUGUUUAAUGCCCACUCUUCAUCUGCUUCCAGUCACAA